CGGAUGUGCAGUUCGUCCGUGUCGUCCGCCGCCUCCGCCGACUCCACCACGGGCUCUCGCUGGUCCCUUUGCGAAACCAACGGCCGCGCCCACCCGCCCACCGCCGCCUCCACGACCCCACGCCCACCCAACCAGCAACCCAAGGCCGCCCACAGUUGCUGGUUCGGCGCCUGUAAGUCCUCUGCGGGCGGUGGUGGAGGAGGAGGUGGAGGAGGAGGUGGAGGUCAAGGGUCCCCGAAGAAGCAGUGCCAGGCGCCCAAGACGAAGCUGAGGUUCGCCCUCGCCAAGGAGAGGAAGGCGUCCACCACGCUGGGCAUCAUCAUGAGUGCCUUCGUGGUGUGCUGGCUCCCCUUCUUCGUCCUGGCCCUCGUCCGGCCGUUCAAAUUGUCGGCGGCCAUUCCCAACUGGAUUUCCUCCCUGUUCCUGUGGCUCGGAUACGCCAACUCGCUUCUGAACCCGAUCAUCUACGCCACACUUAACAAGGAUUUCAGGAAACCAUUUCAG